AUGCCGGCAAGCACCCAGCAAGCCGCCGAUGGCAGAGUACGCACCCCCGUCUCCUCCCUCCAAGAAAAGGCCGAACACCUCCACUUCAACGAGGCGCCCGCGCGCUGCCGCUCCCCUUGCUGCGCGCCCCGGCCCUACGUGUCGAUGGACCUUCGGCCGUCACCGAAACGUGACCCUCCUCCUCCCCUCCCCUCCCGCGCUGAGACCCGGCCUGCGCUUAACCGCAACGCCGCGUCUCACGUGUCCGCUGCUUCUGGGAAGUCGUGCUACAGUAUGGGUACUGAUGGGUCGCUACUGCAGUCCGAAGACGGGUUUGCCGAGUUUGGGGAUAUGGUGGAUUCGGCCACUUUCGAGCAGAUCCUCGAAAUGGACGACGACGAAGAAGAGCGCGAGUUCAGCAAAAGCAUCGUCUACGACUUCUUCACGCAAGCCGACAGCACUUUCACCAAAAUGGACGCGCAACUCGAACGCAAAGACCUCAACCAACUCUCCCAACUCGGCCACUUCCUCAAAGGCUCCUCGGCCACGCUCGGCCUGACCAAAGUCAAAGACUCGUGCGAGAAGAUCCAGAACUUCGGCGCGCACAAGGACGAGACGGGCGCGCGCGAGGAGCCCGACGACGAGGUGUGUUUGGAUAACUGCAAGAAGACGAUCAAGGAGGCCAAGGAGCAGUUUCAGCAUGUCGAGGCGGCGUUGAAGAGGUUUUAUCGGGAUGAGGGGAGUUGA